ACUAGUAAAAACAGUGCAGUUACCCCCAAACUAUGUUUUAGUGUCUUUGGACGUGGUCUCGUUGUUUACUAAUAUACCGAAGCAGUUAGUUUUGCACAUCAUAAAGGAAAAUUGGUCUCAUAUAUCAGCCUAUACAGAAUUAAGUAGAACUAUGUUAUGUAGGAUUAUAGAGUUCAUUUUUGAUUCCAGUUACUUUACGAUUAAUGGACGAAUAUACCUACAGAUUGAGGGCACGGCGAUGGGUAAUCCGGCGAGUCCUACCAUAGCCAACAUGGUGAUGCACUAUGUCAUUAGUAAAUGUGUUAAAAAACUUACAUUUAUAAUACCAAUUUUGAAGUUAUAUGUGGAUGAUACAUUCAUGGCUGUUCCUUAUGAUAAAGUCGAUGAACUUAUCAAUACGUUCAAUUCUUUCCAUAAACGAAUUCAGUUCACUUUAGAAAAGGAAACACAAAAUAGAAUUUCAUUUUUAGAUGUCCAACUUAUCAGACAAACCGAUGGAUCAAUCGCAACCAAUUGGUAUAACAAACCAACUUCUUCAAACCGGGUUCUCAAUUACCUUUCACACCAUCCACAAAUACAUAAGAUUAAUACGGUCAGGAAUAUGUUGUUCAGAUGUUACAGUCUCAGUAGUAAAGAAUUUUGGCCAGCUAAUGAGACUAAAAUAAAAAAUAUCUUAAAAAUUAACAAUUACCCCAGAAAUUUAGUGAACAAGACUAUACAUCUCUAUAAAAACAAAUUUGUUAAAACCACUAUACGGAACACGGAACAGCCCAAUGAUAACCAUAAUAAAAUCUAUUAUAAAUUUCCAUACAUUGAGGGAUUAUCAGAAAAGAUUGAAAUUUUGGUGAAAAAUCACUCAACUAACAUCAAGCUUGCUUUCUAUCCUCUAACAAAACUUGAGAUAAUAUACACCAAAUUGAAAGAUUCUCAUCCAAAACUAAUGACCUCUAAUUUGGUGUAUCAAAUUCCAUGUAGAGACUGCAACCUAUCGUAUGUCGGCAUGACCAGACAAUACCUGAAAAAUCGUAUACGUCAGCAUACAUAUGAUUGUAAAGAAAAUAAUAGAGACAAAAACGAAAAAACCGCGCUGGCUUUACACCACUUCCAAGAAAAUCAUAAUUUUGACUUUAAUGAUGUGAAAAUCUUGGAUAAAGAAAGCAACUACCACAAAAGGUGUAUUAGUGAAAUGAUACACAUUUUUAUACGUGACACAGUUAAUAUCCGAACAGAUACUCAAAAAUUGAGCAUAAUUUAUAAUAACUUAAUGAGAGAAAUUAAUAAAAAAUAAAUCUGCAUCGCGUCGUGGGAGUCGCACCGUAACAUGUUUGGGAGAAAAACAAGACACCGUCGAUCAGUACCAUAUUAGCCGAGCUAAGACCACAUACGGUUCAUAAUAAAUUUUAUAGAUCUGACGAAAUUAUACGCACAAUUCCGAUGAAAUUUAGCAAAUUCUACCACAUCGUAAUACAUUCGACCAAAUUGUCCUGAAGAAGAUCCCAAACAGGAUCGAAACGUCGACAAUUUGAAGAGAGUGUGUUAUUCACCCCAUUAGCAGUCCUAAAGCCAAUAUCCC